AUGUUGUGCGUCUUCAUCCACCACCUAGCCCUGAGGGACCCCCUGACAUGUUCCUGUUCCUGCCCUCUGCUCAGGAUGAAGCUGCUGUUGUGCGUCUCUGCGUGUCUGGUCGUGGCCAGCUGCGUCAGUAUCUCUCUGGAGGAUCUGGAGUUCCACGCUUGGAAGCUCAAGUUUGGAAAGUCCUACAGCUCUCCGUCAGAGGAGGCCCGGCGCAGAGACGUGUGGCUGCAGAACAGGAAGUAUGUGCUGGUCCACAACAUGCUGGCCGACGAGGGCAUCAAGUCCUACCGCCUCACCACCACCUUCUUCGCCGACCUGGAGAAUGCAGAGUACAGGAGCCUGGUGUCCCGCGGCUGCCUGAAGUCCUUCAACAGCUCCCUGCCUGGUCAUGGGUCCUCCUUCCUCCACAUGGCUCAGAUCUCAGACCUGCCCCCGACUGUGGACUGGAGGGACAAGGGCUACGUCACCGAUGUCAAGGACCAGAAGCAGUGUGGCUCCUGCUGGGCCUUCAGUGCUACGGGCUCUCUGGAAGGACAGCACUUCCGGAAGACGGGGGAACUGGUGUCUCUGAGCGAGCAGCAGCUGGUGGACUGCUCUGGGGCCUAUGGGAACGAAGGCUGUAACGGAGGUCUGAUGGACAGCGCCUUCAAGUACAUCCGGGCCAACGGAGGCAUCGACACCGAGGACUCCUACCCUUACGAGGCGCAGGACGGAGUAUGCAGAUAUGAUCCUUCCAACAUCGGAGCCAAAUGCACGGGUUUCGUGGACAUACCGGCGGGAGACGAGAAGGCGCUGCAGGAGGCUGUGGCCACGGUCGGACCAGUGUCUGUGGCCAUCGAUGCCGGACACACCUCCUUCCAGCUCUAUCAAUCUGGAGUGUACGAUGAGCCUGAAUGCAGCAGUUCGGAGCUGGACCAUGGCGUGCUGGCGGUGGGAUAUGGCUCCGAUGGAAAUUCAGAUUACUGGCUGGUGAAGAACAGUUGGGGCCUGAGCUGGGGGAGCAAGGGCUACAUCAUGAUGACCAGGAACAAGCAUAACCAGUGCGGCAUCGCCACGGCCGCUAGCUACCCCCUGGUCUGA